UUCAACGUUAGCCGGGAGUUAGCAGCAUUAGCGACGGAUGUUGUCUCCAUGGUGAUCGAAUUUGAGCGACACCUUGCUAGCUAUUGUGAGAUACUUUUUGUAAAUUCUCACAUCUAUGAGUUUAUUACUAACGUGAAGAGAAAUGUCGUCGGAGUACCGGCUUUCUGAGCCACAAACUGACGGCUCUUUCCUCGAGACAGAAGCUCACGUUUCCGAUUCUUCACCGAAAGACACACAACAAAUAGAAGCAGUAGCAGCAGAAACCAAAGGCAGCACUUUUCGGCUGACAUUCAACAGUCUGACACUGGAUGAGCUGAGCGAAGAACUUGACAGACGCACAAAGGAAACCCAGAGACUCCAAGAAGAGGUGGAAAAUGCAACCAGAGUGGCUUUGGAGAGGUUUGGCUGCAUGCAUGGCAUCAGCUCAUCUGGACAAAACUGCCGUAGUCAAAGAUUUAAUGUCUUGACAGAUGACACACCUGAAGACUACAGUAUUUUCCAGACCCACCAGCAGGCAACAACUCUGAAGGGUUUGGAUAGUUUCACCCCAGAGGUGACCCAAAGAGAUAUCAGCGCUCCUAGAAAAGAGGUGUUGGAAAAUGCAGUGGACAACUGUGUACAGCAGCUGUCUGACUUGCAGCUCAACAAGACACAUAAUCAACCUGAACAAGACACGUUCAGUCCUCAGGAAUCUAUCAUGAACCUGCAGACUGAGCUGCGUGAGGUCCAGAUGGAGAGGAACAUGUUGUCAGACCUGAGACUGAAGGAUUCGAGGAAACACGCUGAUCAGAUGGAAAAGAUGCUGUGUGUGUUGGAGGAGCUUCAGAGCAUCAAAGGGUCAGGCGACCAGAAGCUGCAGGAGACGGAGCACAAAGCGUUGGCACUUAACAAGAAAAUAGAAACACUUGAACAGACAAUAAAAGAGGUGUACCAUACACUGCAUGAGAAACAAUAUGAACACAACUUGAUUAUUAGUUCUAAAAGUACUAGUAGCCCAAAGCAGCGAUCUCUAACUGCUGAGGUAAAUCAGGAUUUCAACAAUGAGACAGACAAGCUACAGGAGAGACUUUUGUUGCAGUCAGAGGAACAGCUGGGGAGUGAAGAAUACACUGAAGCAGAUAUGCAAGAAAGAGUGGAAGACGUGAUUACAAGUCUCAGCCAGGAGAUGGCAACGUUGACUGAGAAACUGAGUGCAUCAAAAGACAGUGGCGUCAGCUUGAGUGUCAAGUUCGAGCUGCUAAAAAAACUUGCAGAAAGACAGACCUCACUGCAGCAGUGUCAGAUCUGUGAACUUGAGUCAACUCUGUCCGACCAUAAACAGAAGGUUUGUUGUCUGGAGCAGCAGCUCACUGAGGCUCAGAGUCAGCUCUUUAACAUCCAGAGAGAGAAAGACCAAUCACAACAUCAGGAAAAGGAGCGUCAGAAUCAGCUUGACCAACUUCAGAGGUGCUUUGAGCAGCAGCAGUGUGAGGUCCUGGGGGAGGUGAAGUUCCUGAGAGGACAGCUGGAGGCGUCCAGGGAGCAGCUUCACAAAGCUAGGGAGGAGAAAACCAGCCUACAUGCCCUGCUGGAUCAGAGGGCACAGGAGGGGAGGAAAUCCCAGGAACUCCUGUGGGAGAAAGACGAGGAACUCCAGUUCAGGCAGCAAGAGACCCAGCAGCAUCUUGCCAGUUUAGAAGAGGCUCAGAGCCGGUGUCAGACCCUGCAGGCUGAACAAGAGGCCCUGUGGUUGAAGCUGAAUGACAGCGAGAAGAUGAUAGAUGUUCUGAGGCUGCAGAUGGAGAGCAGCAUACAGAUGACGGUGCAGCACAGCCACACCAUCGACAGUGUCCAGCAGGAGAACAGCCUCCUCAGCAACCAGCUAAACCAGCACAAGCUGGAGAUUCAGCAGCUCAGGGCCGAGUUAGACCAGCACAAGUCCGACUUGGCUGCUGUGGAGCACGAGAAGCAACAGCUGCAGGCCUCCGUGGUCGAACAGAGUCAGCGUGUCCUAGAAGAGACUCUGGAGAAACAGCAGCUUACCAAUCAACUGGAGCUGCAACGUAUACAGUUACUCACCCUGACUAAGGAGCACAAGGAGCUGCAACGGCUCCACAGCUGCAAGACUGAGGAGCACGAGGGUGUGGUGCUGCAGCUAAAGAGCCAGCUAAUGAAAGCUCACGAUGAGCUGGACCAGGUCAGGAGCACCAUGAGGACCCUGGAAGGAGCCGAUGGACAUGGUCUCCAGGUAGCCUUGGACAUGCAGAAGGAAAUCACUGUCCGAAGAGAGCAGGUUGACACUAUGCAGGGCAGAAUCCAGCAUCUGGAGGAGAACAUGGAGAAGUUGCAGCAGGAGAAGUGCUACCAGAACAGGGAGACCCAGCGUCAGCUCCAGGAGCUUACCCUCGUCAAGGAGGAGAAGAAACAACUUGGCAAUGAGCUGGAGGCCCUUCGCUCCAAAGAUCAACAGCUGAGGGGCCGAAUCGGCGAGUUGGAGGCCAUCCUUCACAAGAUGUCAGAGAGCUUUGCAAACUGUCAGGAUUUCAUCCAGCUGCAAGAACAGGAAUUUUUCCGUCUCAAACUCCAACAUGCCCUGGAUUUGAAGGAGCUCCAAGGUCAAAAUUUACGCACAGCUCUGAAUGUAUCUCCACUUGAUCUGAACUCACCAACCCCAUCAGCACACACUGCUGCACCCUCCUCCCAGCAUGCCUCCAACACCCAGAUCAAGCCAAAGAGUCGGCAGGAGAGCCCCGCCUGCGAGCUCAGAUCUCUCGUCAAAGACCUGAGAGGAGUGAUUUCAGAGAACCACAGACCACACACCGAUAACAGCACUGCUGGCGGCAGCUUCCACAGGAGGAGGUCUGCACCGGAGAAAGUGCACAGAACCACAUUCGAUACUGACAGCAUGGAAGAUGUAAAAGCUGAGUCCAGAUUAAGAAGAAAGACCUGCGGCAGUGAGCCACAUUUCCCCAAGACAACUGAGCCGAACGGGAAAACAAUCAACAAUUCCUUCAGCAAAAGUCAUGUCAGAUUGAAUCUAGCGGCAGCAGCGAGGUAUACUUCCUCCCUGCAGCUACUCUCACUGGGCCGCAGAUCCCCCGUCUACUCUCUGCUGACCUCUGACCUGACCAGCUAACGGGGAUGUGAUCCGACUACAGUCCUAUCAAAGGCUUGUUUGUUGAAGGGUCACUAGAAUAACUUCAAUGACGAAAGAAGAUUUUAUAAAUGUCUGCAAUCAGAUGUAGUUUCAUAAUUUAUUGUUUAAAUAAAAUGUUUAAGAAAUUUUU